CAGAGCAUUAUCAACAUCAUCGCCGAACACCAGCAGCAGUUGGAUGCAGUCCUAUAUGAGAUCUCGGGCCUGGAGGCCGUGAUGAAUAACGUCAAAACUCUUCAUCAGCAAGUCGUCGAAAAGAAGGAAAAGAUUACGGUGUCGAUGAAUCUGCACAAGGGACUCGUAUCGGCUCUCUGGCGCUUGCCCACGGAAGUCCUAUCCCAUAUAUUUAGCUACUGUCUCCCCGAAACCAGAUUGUUGUUGUCCCCGUCAACCCUCAAAGCCCCCAUGCUGUUAACAAGAAUAUGCCGACGAUGGAGGGAGGUCGCUGUGGGUACGCCCGAUUUAUGGUGCAGGCUGUAUGUGGAAGCCGACGACAGAGACUGGGAGCAGGCAUCUUUCUGCUAUGAUACGUGGCUCAAGCGUUCGCGAGGACGUCCGCUCUCGUUAGCACUCGGGCGCUACCACUCGGCCAAACUACGAAGCCUUCUUCAGCCUUACAUCACUCAUAUCACAUCUCUCCGUGUCUCUGUCCACUCCUUCCAGGGCGAAUCCACUCAGCUUUUUUUAACAGACCUCCCAGCACUUCAGGAGCUGGCCAUACUAGGGAUGACAAAAUAUGAUAUUCCAACUAUUGCACAGUCUAUCUCGCGACUGCCGUCCACCAUACGCAGUCUCAAGUUCAUUGACAUGAGGCCGUUCUUCGACAUCGAGCCCUUGUCUUCUUUCAGCCCCGUAUGGGCCCACUUGACUGAUGUCCAGAUCGCCGUAUGUCACCCGAACGCUGUCCUCCAUUUACUCCAGCUAUGUCCGAAUCUCUCCUCCUUAACCCUCCGCGUAGCAUUCGACCAAACAGAACCCUUGGAAUCAUUCACGCACACUAAAUUACAAUCCUUGCGCAUCCUUUACGACGCAUUGCUCACGCGCCCUCUAUCUGACCUUCUCAAUGCUCUAUCGCUCCCCAAUUUGCGCACGCUUGAAGCUCGCCGCAAUGGUCGCAAUGCGUCUUGGCCUCAUGAAGAUAUGAAGGCAUUGUUAGCACGGUCAAAGUGUUCCCUGGAGAUCCUGACUAUCGGCGGUCGAGUGACGAUAACAGAUGCACAGCGAGCGGAAUACGUUAUCCUCACUCCUUCCCUCCAAGUAGUAGUGGAUCACAGUAGUACAUACUUCUGA